GAUGAGCGUUGAAGCUGCUUUUGAAUUUUUGCAAGAUUUAAGAAGUGCCAUACCAGUUGUUUGGUGGAAAGUUCAAUGCUAUCACUAUGUUCGUAAAACUAGGCAAGUGACGAGAUAUAGGAACGGAGACGCUUUUACUACCAUGCAGGUUUAUUAUGAAAGAAUCAAUUCGCAAACAAGAAGCGCUGCGUUCAAUUGGAGUCACUGCGGGGCAAGAGACGCCUCAAAGACUCUAAUCGGUCUAGAGAACUUCUUUGCCACACGUAUUAAAUUUACAAAAGGUUUCUCCUUCUGCAGUAUCGAUUCAGAAGUCGAAUUUGAUAUGCAAAGAUCUUCGUUCUUCCAUGCUCAAGAGCGUAACGACGACUAUAUGGAGACAAGGGAAGGAUUAGAUUUAUUACACGUCCCCUUCAAAUCGAAUUUGAUGGUCUAUUCGAGCAGAACGCCUUGGUAUAUUUCCCAAUGCGUUUAUUGGAUAUUCUCCUUUAUUCUCCUUUCUUGGCCACUAAGGAUACUCAUUGAAUAUAAUACAGCUUACGUUCAUUACCAUAUUUUGAAAGUGUUUGGUUGUUCCAGUACUCCCCACUUGUCCCGAGAAGCAACAAUGUGCAGCUCGGAUCUAGAGCAUUUAGUACAAAGGAAUUAUGAUAUAGUUCCGAGCUACUCAGAGGCGUUACUAAUUGACAAUUCUACAAAUCAGCACCGCCAUGUAGCACGUAUGCAUAAUCCUGCAGACGCUUUAGUCCUACAGAAUCCCCAUGCUCUAUUGACUAGUUCUGUUAGCGUACCAAAUGGUAUCCUUUUCGACUAUGGCUCAAUGAAAGGGCGAAAGAAAAGUUUGAAGAACUGUAGCGGAAAAUCGAAUAAUUCGCUAACGACACCAGCUUCGGGAAGCGACUGUCAAAUGCCGCCCGGCUAUGAGGAAGCUCUGAAUAUGCGUUUGAUUAACGAUUACGCUACACCAACUUCGAAUAGCACCAACAGUUUAGGAGUUUUCGAAACGGAAUUAUGA